AUGCCGUUGAAGACGGUGAUAGAAGUGGAGGCUCCGAGUCUGUUACGGUACUUGAUCGGAUCGGCGGUGAUGAUGAUAGGCGUCGUAUUGCCAGUUGGGUACAUGAUGUUCCGCAACAAGCGCGUCCCCUCCUCUUCUUCCUACUCUAAACAGAC